AUGCACAAACACGGAAUUCCUCUUCUCUUCGCUUCGCUGGUUACCUCCGUUUCUGCCCAGAGCUGCCGUCUUCAGUUUGAUGGCCGCGUUCCGCCAAGCUUCGGUGUCGCUGGUUUCGACACUCCAAAUAACUUUUUCAGCGAGACCAAUGUGCUCGGAGCUGGGCUCAGCUUCAGCCAGCUCAUCCAGCUGCCCGCCAUCUCUGCUUCUCUGUUCGACAUUGAGACUAUUCCCAUAGAAGUGACCAUCAGUGACGCGUCCAUCUUCAACGGCCAGACUGGUUUCCGUCGCGCUGAGCUCCUUCCUGCCAGCAACUCUGGCAUCGACGACAGCACCACAGGCAUCAAGACCCUCCAUUUCAGCAUAGGCAAGGACGCACAACGCCCGCUGAAUCUGUCUCACGAAUAUCAGCUGGUGUUUCUUGAAAGCAACGAUUUUAGCACCAAUCAGUUCGUCUUGAAAACGGGCAGCAUUCUGGGUGGUGACACAGCUGUCGACCCUGAUACCCUACAGUUCUUUGGAGAUGUCAACCAAACCCCAUCAAAACUUCUCUUCAGCGUCCCAUUUCUGGACGGUGUUUUCCACAACUUUGCUGUUACACUAGACUUUGACGCCCUCACUACCCAGGUCUUUUUUUCAGCCGGCGGGGAUCCCCUUGAGGCCGUGACCCAGGUCAUCUCCAACAACGUCAGCGGGCAAGGACAGUUCUACUUUGGCUUGCUCAAAAAGCUGACUGAUGCGGUUGGCGAUAUUACAAGAAACGGGUUUCAAGAAGACGGUAUCGACGAGGGCAUCAUCUUUGACGGCAUCUUCCAAGAGGACAGCUCGGCGGGUUGCGUCAGCUUGCGGCCGUGAUCACCACUCCCUUCUCCGCGGAAUUUUUCAGCCAUUUUCAAACGUCAUUCACAACCCCCAAGUGCCUUUCUAGACAAUUUUUGCACUCCUUUUAGGGGCCUCAAGAGAUAUUCAACAGUUGGUUAUUUCAUUUUGGCUUUUCAGAACACAUUAGUGGCUCCGAGAGCGCCGUUUUUGUUAUCCAGUAUGAUUGGGGUAUCUCUAAAUCAAAUUGUCGCUAAU